GGCGAACUUUAUUAUAAGCUAAAGUUGCUCAUCAGGUGGCAAAGAGAAGCUUGCCAAUUGAUCAUAUUUAAUUUAUGUAGACUGUUAUUCUUUUCUUUUGAUUAUGCUAUAAACGUUCCGCUCUUUCCCCCCUUUAAUUAAACGUAUUUUUAUCACGUUAUUAUUGGUCCAUAACGGGAAAUCUGAACGGUGCCUUGAUUUACAACCUAGUAGCUAGUAUUAUCCUAAUAACGACUUUUCGUUUUGAUCUUAGGUAUGAAGCUAGCGACCUGAAGCCGUUGUUGCACAUUCACAACACCUUAAAAUUCAGGAGGACAAAUGGAUUCCUGCUUGUGCACUGACUUGUAAAUGGUUUAUUUUGCUAAAGAUUCGUCAGAACAUACCUACGCAUCUACGACGGAGUUUAUGUAUUGUUGACAUUUACCUCAACCAAAAACUAUCUCCUCUUUCCCAUUGGCUUGCGUGUUUUCGUGGAACACUGGAUCACGGUGGGAUUGGUCAUUGGUGUAAAUAUUACCUCUGCUAAAAGUAACGUGUGUUCUUAUUGGAUUCUAACUACGUCAUUGCCCUUAAGACAGCCCAAAAGUUAAUCGCGGCAUAAAGCCUGUAAAGUUGUGACUGGACAUUAGCCGACGUCUGUCCAGGCAGGAGCCGUUCAUGAUUGGAUGAACUUUGCACUCUGUGGCGGCAACAAAUGUGAAAUGGGCGGGAUUUCCGGCUGAAGUUUUGUGUAAAUCGGAAGUAGCUAUGGCAGAGUACGGGAAAGCAAGGGGGAGAACAAGCACGUUCAUCAAAACAACAGUGACAAUACAUGGACGAUAACAGUUUAAUAAAAAAACAAGAAACACACGUACGAAUAAUUGCAUUCACUCGAUCACUCCGAUUUUAAAGAACACACAAUACUGUGUAUGGAGAGAGCGUGACAGUACUGACGACGAGGUGUAGCUAGCUGGUUAACUUGGCUGGCUUCCUCGCCAGUUUUAGCUGACAUUAGCUGGUGGGGGUGUUGGUUACAUGGCUGGGAAAUCUGGCUUUCAGUGCGCAUCGAGCUACUGCGGAACAAUGCAUUGGAGUAAAUAGCAAGUUAAGUGAAUGUAGCCCGGCUGAAAUGGACAUGCCCAUCUUCCCCCUGUUACACAGGAUAUAAGCCAGGACAGCCUGUCUCCUGCCGUCUGCGCCUCCCCCUUCUUCAGCCAAGAUGGAUUCCCACGCCGGGGCGGAGCCGAGACCUGACGGCACGGCGGCCGGCGGCGGCGCUCCUGGCUCCGCCCCCAGCCCGCAGAGCGACGCGGUGACCAAUGAGCUGCAGGAGCUGUCGCUGCAUCCCGCCCCCAACCUGCUGCCCAUCCGGGAGAGGAAGAACGUGCUGCAGCUGAAGCUCCAGCAGAGACGGACCCGGGAGGAGCUGGUGAACCAGGGAAUCAUGCCCCCGCUGAAGAGUCCAGCCGCCUUUCAUGAACAGAGGAAGAGUCUGGAGCGCGCUCGGACUGAAGACUACCUGAAGAGGAAGAUCAGAAGCAGGCCGGAGAGGUCGGAGUUGGUGAGGAUGCACAUAUUGGAAGAGACGUCAGCAGAGCCCUCCCUACAGGCUAAGCAGCUGCUGCUGAAACGCGCUCGUCUGGCGGACGACCUCAACGACAAGAUCUCUCACCGGCCCGGCCCCAUGGAACUGAUCCAUAAGAACAUCCUGCCGGUGCACAGCAGCCUCAAACAGGCGCUCAUAGAGAUGGAUUUCCCCAAGGUGGCGGGGGAGAGCUCCUCGUUCGACGAGGACAGCAGCGACGCCCUCUCCCCGGACCAGCUGGUCGGUCAUGACUCUCCCCUGGGCCCCGCCCCCCUGCCCUCGCCCCCAGACAUGCUCACCUGCAGCAGUAACCCCUCCCCCACGCAGUUUAUCACUCGGGCCCCGCCUCCACCACCUCCCGCCCCUCCAGUGCCCUCCCCGCAGAACCUGACCAAUGGCACGGUGGCUCCUGCGUUUUCUAGGCCCGCCCCCACGCUGAUCAAGUCCAAGUCCACCUCUGACCGGCCGACUCAGCGCUCUAAGAAGCCCAAGGACAGCAAGCCCAAGGUGAAAAAGCUGAAGUACCACCAGUACAUCCCCCCCGACCAGAAGGUCGAGCGCGAGCCGCCCCCCCAGCUGGACUCCACCUACGCCAAAAUCCUGCACCAGCAGCAGCUCUUCCUGCAGCUGCAGAUCAUCAACCAGCAACAGCAGCACUAUAACUACCACACCAUCCUGCCUGCCCCGCCCAAACCCCCUGCCGACCAGCAGCCUUCCUCCGGCCCCUCCCCAUCUCGGACCACUCCCGCCCCUACGUCGGCCUCCCCUGGUCAGAGUGGGCAAAGUCGGCAGAGCCACGUCCUUGCCAAGCCUGGCCCUUUGCCCCCUAACCUGGAUGACUUAAAGGUGGCGGAGCUGAAGCAGGAGCUGAAGCUGCGCGGUUUGCCCGUGUCCGGCACGAAGAACGACCUCAUCGAGAGGCUGAGGAACUUCCAGGAGCAGAACGGGGUCGCCGCGGCGACGGGCCCCGCGCCAGGGGCCGGGGCCGCGAAGAACAACCCGCCGCAGCAGCAGCAGCAGCUGGCCCAGCCCGCCGGCCCCUCCCCCGCUCUGGGAGGAGCCGCCGUCCUGCAGCCGGCGGGAGAGGGCAACAUGGUGCUGGCGGCCUUCCCGUUUGUGGCCACGGUCGGGGGAGGCGGAGCCCAGACUGCAGCUCCGCCCCCGGUGAUGCAGUUUGGCAGCACGAGCUCCUCCCCUCCGGCGUCUCCCGCCCUGUCCGACCGCUCAUUGGCCGGAACGAGCCCGGACGAGACGAGCUGUAACGGGGAUGCAUUUGAGAUGGUCUCCUCCCCCCUCACCCAGCUGAGCCUGCACCCCUCCCCCCAGCCCUCCGUCGCCACGGUGAAGGAGGAGAGCCCGGACGCCGCCUCCGCUGCCUGCCGCUUCUCCUCCCAGCAUGCCGUGCGGCGGGCGGGGUGCCCCCGGGAGGCGGGCGGGGCCGUGGACAAGGACCAGAUGCUGCAGGAGAAGGACGCGCAGAUCGAGGCGCUGACGCGCAUGCUGCGGCAGAAGCAGCGGCUCGUGGAGACCCUGCGCCUGCAGCUGGAGCGCGGCAAGCAGCCCGACCGCCUGCGCGUCAAAGAGGAGCCCCGCGACGCCGCCGGGGACCCCCCCGCGGGCCCCCCCGCCUGCUGCCUCUCCCCUGACCUCCUGGACGGAGACACCAUCAGGGUGACCGUCAAGCAGGAGGAAGAGGAGGAGGAGGAGGAGGAGAUGAAGUGCGAGGACCAGCCCCCGGACCAGGCCCAGCUGUCUCGGGCCGCAGAGGCGGAGUCACAGCGGGAGGCGGAGUCGCAGCUGACCCUGCAGCAGCAGGAGGCGGAGUUGCAGCUGUCGCUGCAGCAGCGGGAGGCGGAGUCGCAGCUGCAGCGUCCGCAGCCGGCACAGCUGCAGCAGCUGCAGGAUCUGCUCUUGCAGCAGAGCCAGCAGAUGCACUCGGAACACCAGCUGCACAAGAAGAAGAAGUCACACAGGCAGCGGGAGAAGCAGGAAGCGCAGCUGCAGAGACUGGAAGCGCAGCAGCUGCAGAGACAGGAAGUGCAGCAGCAGAUACAGGAAGUGCAGAAGCAGCGGAGACAGGAAGUGCAGCAGCAGCAGAGACAGGAAGCGCAGCUGCAGAAACAGGAAGCGCAGCUGAAACAGAAGCAGAACGCACAGCAGCUGUUACACUCGCAGCAGGUGUUCAUCAACCAGCAGAUGCAGACCCCUGCUUCGGUCCCCACCCCCUCCUUCCCAUUGGACCUGCUGAAGGGACAGACCACCCCUACCCUUUUGACGGACAGCAACGGUAACCACUUCCUGAUCGCGCUGACCAACCACAGUCCGGACGGCGGGGCCGGCAGGAGGGCAGAGCGCAAAGCGAGCGGCCAUGUCAAGUUGCAGAGACUGAAGUCCUCUCCCGCCAAGUCCUCCAGCCAGUCACCGCCCCACCCUUCCGGCACCGAGAACCAAUCAGAGCCGCGGAUGCAGCCUGGUGGCCUCACCGACCAGCCAGUCAGGAAGGGACAGAGGGCGGGGCUACACGUGUCGACCAGCAGCUCGCAAGGGGCGGUUCCAUCUUUCUCUGCUCCGCCCAGUCUUCAGCCUUUCUUUUUGGGCGAUGACUCCGCCCCCAGUGGAAACCCCCUCUCGCCUUCUCCCCCUCAUAGUACGGAGGUGUGUUUGAGCCUCGACCAGCACGCACUGUUCAGUCCCCCCUCCCCAUCCCCCAAACAGACGUGCACCUCCACUCAACCUGGGAAGGAGAAUGGCUCUAGUCAGCACAUGGACGACCUGUUUGACAUCCUCAUUCAGAGUGGAGAGAUCUCAGCCAGCUUCAAAGGCGAGCCAGACCCCGCCCUCUCACGCCUCCGCCCCAACACCCCGCCCCCUUCGCCUGCCCAUUCCUCCAACCAGCUCUCACCCGCCCCCGCGACUUCCCAGCAGCCCCUGGGAGGAGAGCCUCAGCCGCCGUCCUCCGCAGAAGGUGACGGUAGUGCGGUGGGAAGCGGCCGUCUGGAGGACUUCCUGGAGAGCACCACUGGAAAACCGCUGCUGGGGGCGGAGCCCGGCGGGCCCUUGACUUUGAUUGACGACCUCCACAGCCAAAUGCUUAGCACCUCCAGUAUAUUGGACCAGCCCCCCUCCCCCAUGGACACCUGCGACCUGAGCUUCACCCCCCACCCUACAGGACUGGACUUUGGAGACCCCGCUCUGGACACCAUGGACUGGUUUGACAUGACCAUGGGCGGGGCCGGCAGUGGGGGGGCGGGCCUGGCACCUCUCAGCUCCCACACGCCCCCUAGUGUCUUUUCAGCAGACUUUUUGGACAGCUCUGACCUGCAGCUGCACUGGGAUUCCUGCUUAUAGCUGUGAGGUCUUUACCCACACCCCCUCCCCCCACCAAAAAAAAACAAAAAAAGCUCUUAAUUCUCUCUGUCUCCUCUCAGUGAUACGCUCACUCCAUACACUGGUUCUCUCUCUGUCUCUCUCCCCCCCCCACACUCUUAAAUGGACUCACACACAGACAGGCAAUCAAAUUCUCACUUCUCUUUAGCAUCCAUUAAUCAGAAACUGUUCAGUCAGAAUCCUCUGUAUAUAGGAAGCCCAGACACAUUAUUAGCUCACUGCUAUCUCUCAGUCUGUAUGACGCUGAGAAUCUGAAACUUGCCUUCAUGGCUACAGUACCAACACCAUGACACCAGAGACCAGCCCUUAAUUCUAAACAGCCUCAACCAAAACCUUAACUGCACCCUGACCUGAGUAACACGCGUUAUUCAAAUACAUGCAACAAGGGUGCGCAAGUAUUUUUGUCUUCUGUUUGUGCAAAAGUCUGUUACACGCACACGCACGCACGUGCACACAUGCAGGGUCCGAAACGUGAGCAGGGCACCUGUACAUGAUCUGCAGUAGGAGGAGCGACUCUAAGUAGGAGGGUGUCUCUAAGAGUGCCACUUGCUGGAGCUAUAUUCUGCUGAAAUCUAGCUUCACACAGAGUGAGGAUGUGUACAUAUCACUAGGGCGACAACGAUGAUGCAUUCAGGGUAUCUUUUUGCGCUUGCUCUCCCUCCCCCCCCCCUCCCCCCAACGUUUGCACUGACUGACCAAUGGCGGGGUUGGGGUGGGGUGGGGUGGGGUGGGGGUCACUGUAGGAGUCACUCUAGAGAACCUUCUCUGAAUACGCACUUAAGCUGGCCUGUCUUUUCUUCUGGUGUCAGUAAAGCACCCAAUGAAAUGGACUCUUCUUAGGUUUAUUACCCGACCAUACUGCAUUGCUGUAUUUGGUAUACAUAAACUAUUCAUUUUACCUGCUUUGGAAUGUUGGUAAUAUGUGGUUCAAAAAAUAUUUGGACGUUUUUUUUUUUAUAUAAAAAAGGAAAUAUUACUCCUUGAAAAUAAAAAAAAAAUUAAACUUUU